GGCUCAAUUGGUGUGGGUAGUUGUCGCCGUAACCAGAUCAAGCAAAGCAGGCCUCGGGCCAAAAUGGGGUCGGUAAACAAACCAUUGGCCGAGCUCCCCAGCUCGAGCAGCACCACGCAGGCUGGGCCUCGAUUGGAACCCCCAACCACCCACGCUCUUUCACCAGACAAGCACCAGACCUCCACCACCACCACACCCGACAACCACACACCACACACCACACACCACGCUGCUGCGCUCUGCACACUACACGGCCCGUCAACCUGCCUGCCCACCACCCCGAUUUUUAUUUUGUUUCUUGCAUUCGCUUUUUCGUCCUGCCUUGUUGUGCAGCCACCAUCGCGCGAUACUCCAUCCAGCCGAAGCCUAGCAAGUCUUUGGUCGCGCUCGUUUAUUUUCUUUUUACUCGCCACCUCGUCUUGCGGGUUCCCGUCCCCGCCGCAAAGAAAGAAGAAGAAGACGCUCGCGGCUGUCAUAUCGUCGUCGCUCGUCGUCUCGCCCGCUGCUCAUCCGCGGCCUCGCCAGACAGACGCCCAGUCAAGCCGCACGCGCACCACCCCUCGAACUCGAGCCACUUUAGAUGCUCAUCUAGCGACCCAAUUCCGUCGCCAUGUCUCUAAAAGUCGAGCGGGACACGGUCCAGACGGUGUCGCGGGUGGCCGACAAUGUCGCUACCAAGCUCGCCGAGCAGGUCAAGCCGCUGCCCGGCACGAGCGGCAAGCACCCCGUCUCGGCCGCCAUCGGCACCGCGCUGACGGGCGGCAAGGAGAUGGCCGGCACCAAGGGCUACCUGGCCGCCUACCUCAAGCAGCUUAAGGAGAACCCGCUGCGCACAAAGAUGCUGACGGCCGGCACCCUCGCCGGCUCCCAGGAGUUCCUGGCCUCGUGGCUGGCCAAGGACCGCAACAAGCACGGCAACUACUUCACGUCGCGCGUCCCCAAGAUGGCGGCCUACGGCGCCCUCGUGUCGGCCCCCAUGGGCCACUUCCUCAUCUGGCUGCUCCAGAAGAUCUUCAAGAACCGGACCAGCCUGCGCGCCAAGAUCAUGCAGAUCAUCGUCAGCAACCUCAUCGUUGCCCCGAUCCAGAACUCGGUCUACCUGGUCGCCAUGGCCCUCAUCGCCGGCGCCCGCACCUACCACCAGGUCCGCGCCACAGUCCGCGUCGGCUUCUGGAAGGUCAUGCGCAUCUCGUGGGUCACGUCGCCCAUCUGUCUGGCCUUUGCCCAGAAGUUCCUGCCCGAGCACACCUGGGUGCCCUUCUUCAACCUCGUGUCCUUCAUCAUCGGCACCUACAUCAACACCAUGACCAAGAAGAAGCGCCUCGCCGCCCUGCGCAAGAAGCACUUUGGCGACUCGGGCCCGGGCCCGCGUCCCGGCUCCAUGGGCCCCGGUCCCCAUGGCUCCCAUGGCUCGCAGGGCCCCCCGGGUCAUAUGGGCCCUCCAGGCUCCAUGGGCCGUCCUGAAGACUACCCCCCGAUGGGCCCGAACCCGCCCUACUAGGAGUCGUCGGCGGCGUGGCGCCCUCUUUUCUCGGAUGUGGUGAGGAGAGGACUAUGAUGCAGACGAAGCGAGGCUGCUCUGUGGGAUAUCCGAGGUAUGUCGAUGGUCGUCGUGGUCCCUAGACGAACAUUUUUCUGGUUGUCACGGCAGGGGUGGUUUGGGGAUCGUGGGCAUCGUCGGGAUAUCUGUUCUCAAGUACGCGGCCUCAUGAGACCACAUAGCCCGGUACAUUUAUACCAUGUUUACUUACGGUCGGGCAGGUGUGGCCUGGUUUUGUGACGGCGGGACAGGAAAUCGGCGUCGGUGCGUGUGGCGGUCACGAUCAUCGUCCUACGUGUUAUCACAUACGCUGUUUAUAUCCAGUCUGUACCGCCCUGUCGGAUAGGGUUUUCUUUCUGUUGUUUCAUGUUUCGUUUUAUAGUCCUUGUGUUUCUGUUUUUUUUUCGGCGGGCAGAUAGGUAGGAUAAUGGUAGUUAUGUAUGUCGUAUGAUCUUGUCCCAGAGCCGCUCGUCAAAACCAGGGCGGAAAUACAAAUAAUUAAAAUACUAGAUGUGUGCCUGGUCG